AUGGAUGCGAAUUUCUACAAAUUUCUCGAACUGUCAGGAAUAACCAUUACCGAGGACACGAAUCUAACACCGCUACUUGCCGACUACUGGAGUUUCACAGCAUACGCCGCAGAAUAUCCAAAUAACAUUUACGAGUUAAAUUUCAUCAAAUGGCAACUAAAAGGUAAAAUCAAAACGACAAAUCAAACUUCGCCGCAGCAAGUAAACACAACACCCCAAUAUCAAACUCCGCCGCAGCAAGUAAAUACAACGACGCCACAAUCUCAAACUCCUCCACAACAAAUAAAUCCCUACCAAUAUCAAACAUCACCACAACAGAUUUCAAUACCGUCACCUACAUCGGUAUUCAGCCCAAGUAAAGUUUUAACCGCAGACUUCCCUCCACUACCCGUUAAACUCGCAAAGUUAAAAAAACAUGUUAACAUUGUCGAAGGUCGGUUUAAUGCAUUCACACUCGAGACGCCGCGAACCCCUGAACAGUCAAGCGAAACCAUUAUCAUUCACGAAAAAUCAACUAAAACCGAACCGGAAAUAACCGAACCAAUAUUUCCCACCCUUACAACAUAUCUUGACGGUUUCAUGUCUGGCAACGAAGAAACACAGAUACCCCAAGUAUACAACACCCCGGUGAAAGUAAAUCGUGGUAAAGAUAUUUCGGCAGCAAGAAAAAAAUUCGAAGAAGAAACCGAAACGGAGGAAAAAGAGAAGAAAACGCCGGCACGAAAGCGAAAACGUGAAUGUGGACGACCCACAAACGACCAACAGCUUAUAAGAAUGGAUGAUGAAUUUAACGAUAUGGUCGCUUUACAAUUGACACGUCGGCAACUUACGCUACCCGAUACGCGAGGCAAGUGCAAAAAGUCUAGGAAGAUUUUAACAAAACUAUCCGAAGAUAUCGUAGUGAAUACAACUCGCGAAUAUCAAACAUACGAGCUGUUUGCCGACGUACGUACGGAAGCGUUGAAAAUUAUACAGGAAAAACGCGAACUUUUGGAAAAAAUUAACGCUGCCGAAUAUGUAUUACACACAUUAUCUAAAAAACAAAAUAGUGACUCUAGUUCAUAA